CCGUGACGUUGUUCCAUUGGUGCCUGUGGCAUAGUCUUGGUGCGCACCUCUUCACUGCCUUCACUGUCACCAGGUGGAUCACUGGUCAAACUUCUGCUCUGGACUCUUCGUCGUGUAGUCCAAAUACUGCCUGGACUUCUGGUCGUGUAGUCCAAAUACUGCCUGGACUUCUGGUCGUGAAGUCCAAAUACUGCCUGGACUUCUGGUCGUGUAGUCCAACUACUGCCGGGACUUAUAGCUGUAUAGUUCAACAGCUGUUGCAGACUAGUCGUUGUGUGGAGACGACCUAGUCAUGAGCACGUUCUCUAUGACAUGGGUCCUUGCUGUGUUCACUCUCAUGUGUCCACACCUGAAUGCGAGCAGGUACGAGAUUGACCGGAGGCCCGGGGUCCAGCUGGGUGCUGCCACCACCUCUAGCGGGUGUUCAAUGCCCUUCCUGCCUGUCGGCGACCAGUGCCUCUACUUCGCCACCUUCGCGGAGCUGACCUACGAGGAAGCCAGACAGAUGUGUCACUCACUGGACGGGGAGCUGGCGGCUGUCCUCACAGCCACCCGCCUGAAGAACAUCAUUGACUACCUUUAUGACAACGGUCUGAGUGGUGAAAGCUUUUGGAUGGACGGGACUGACAGAGCGACGGAAGGGGACUUUCGGACGUCCUCUGGUCUUGAAGUCCCCAUGGGCACGCCCUUCUGGAUGGCGACUAAAACAUGGCAGGAUCCGGAUGAUGCUCAGGGUUAUGGGGGAGAAGACUGCAUGGAGCUAAGCAGCCCGUAUAGUUUCUACAUUAAUGACAGAAACUGCUCCGACCUCAAGGCGCCGCUGUGUGAACAAGGGCCACAGCUGCUCCAUACACCGACGCUCGAGGAGCUGGACUGCCCGCCCUUCUUCGUCAGUGUGGGCGGCCUGUGUCUGGCGUUCAUGACGUGGGCGGAGGAGACGUGGGUGGACGCCCGUCAAGCUUGUCAUGGACUAUCCGGAGAGCUGGCCGCCAUCACUGACAUCGAGCAGCUCAGAGCAAUAUACCUCCACGUUCACCAGGAAGGGAUCGCUGGUCACUCCUUCUGGCUGGGCGGCUCCGACGCGGCGACGGAGGGCGUGUGGACGUGGACGGACGGACAGCCCGUCACUAUGGGGUCGCCCUUCUGGGGUUAUACGGGCAUUAACAAGGUGGAGCCAGACGGCGGUACAGCUGAAAACUGUAUCCUGCUGGACGCCCAGGGUUACCACUACUUCCGUGACGCCUCCUGUAGCCUGCUGAUGACCCCACUCUGUAUGACUACCCAAUAGUUUGCUGGUGACCCCACCCUGUAUAGCUCUUGUGACGGGAUGUGGUAUCGCAGCUAUACUGAACCAAGAUGGUAUGACUCUCCCUCACACAAAUAACAAAAAUGGUGCUAUUGGCCUUGCAGUGUGUAAGUCGAGGGAGAAAACCAAAGAAAAUCAUCAAAUAAAUAAUUAAAACAAUUUAUUGAAAUAUUAAUGAACAAAAAUGACACAUGACAAUACUUGGCUAUUAUUAUAUAUCAAAUCAAGUAAGUAAAUGAAAGUUUAACUCUAAUACAAAGCAUAAAGA